UUGCAGAUGAGCACAAAGCAGACUUUCUAAAAGAAAUCAGAACUAUAGAACAGACACUGGACGAGCAGAGAAACAACUUUCUAACACAAAUGAACAGCACAAAACAGUCACUGGAAUCCCAAAUAUCACAAGCUGUGAGCCGCAUUAGGCAGGACAUCUUACAGGCAAUAAGGAAAAAUGAGCAGAGAGCCAGCUUUCAAACACAAAUCACAAGCAUAAAACAGCCACUGGAGAGACCCCAGUGUGAUUCUGACUGGAAAGGAUUUGAUGGAAACUGUUAUUAUAUUGUUACCACUAAGAAGGCCUGGACAGAUGCCCGGGCCGCUUGUAAAUUAAAGAACAGCGACCUGGUUAUUAUUAACAGUGAGAGGGAACAGAACUUCCUUUCAAGUAUUACUGACAUGUCAGAUUUCUGGAUCGGCCUCAAAGGGAAUACGGAUAAGAAUGAAUGGAGAUGGGUGGAUGGAACAAUCCACAAGCUAUCAGAGGGAUUCUGGUUGAAGGGGGAGCCAAAUAAUUCAGGGGGACAAGAAGACUGUGUUCAUAUGCGGGUACAAAAAAAGUGGAAUGAUAUUGUUUGCAGCAACCAGUAUAAAGCGAUUUGCGAGAAAAACUGACAUGCUGUGCAUAGAUUUGGAGGUGCGGAUAUCAGUUUUAUGAGCCUUAUUAGAAUACCAAUGGCCAGAAAUAAUAUAAAGACAAAUGAAAAUCAUCUAAAGAUAAGUACAGGUAUGGGAUCCCUUAUCCAGAAACCCGUUAUCCAGAAAGCUCCGAAUUACGGA